AUGAUCUGCAAUACAAAGAUCUUAUGUAUUCUGAUUCUGUUAUUCUUAUCACUAUACACCAUUCAUGUUCUUGCCAGAGACUCAGACAACAAAGAUUCAGACAAUAAGGACUCGAACUCUAAGAAUGACUCAGACUCAGGCUCAGAAUCGGGCAAAAAAGAAAACGACUCGGGCUCGGACUCAAAUAAGGACUCCGACGAGCAUGAAUCCUAUUUAAUAUCUUGUGGCUCCCAAAAUGAGGCAGAAGAUUCCUUAGGCCGGAAAUGGGUCUCUGACUCCAAGUUCUUAACCUCUUCCGAUUGCUCAUUGACGGAAGAGCUCAACAAAACUGACCCUACUCUCCCCUCCGAAGUGCCCUACAAAUCGGUACGAAUCUUCAACGCCACAUCCUCUUACAUGCUCUCAGUUACGACCAAAACCCGCCUCUGGAUCAGACUCCAUUUUUAUCCAUUUGAUUUCGGCAAGGUCGAACCAGCCAAGGCCUAUUUCUCUGUAAUCGCAAACGAGUUCACUCUCCUCAAAAACUUCAGCGCUUUCAAUACGGCUGCAUCUCUCACAGAGGCCUACAUUGUCAAAGAGUUCUCACUCACUCCUGUCACAUGCGGGAAACUCAACAUUACGAUCAUACCGUCUACGCAGCCAGAGAGCUCAAUCGGUUUUCUCAACGGCAUCGAGGUGAUUCCGAUGCCGGAUAUUUUUAAAAUAACGCCCUUGGUCGGAUUCCAUGACCAAACCAUCGAGGUCCAGAACUCCUCUGUCCAAACCAUGUAUAGACUCAACAUCGGCGGAGAUUUAAUUCCGCCCACAGAGGACGCCGAGGGAGGGGGCAACCGAACGUGGCACGAAGACGGCGGCUACCUAAUCGGUGCCCCCGCUACGAAAUUCGGCGUCGUUGGCGAGGCGGAUAGCAACAAUGUCACCAUUCAGUACCAAGGAGAUGUGUCCGAAUACAUUGCACCAGAAGCUGUUUACAAAACCGCGAGGUCAAUGGGGCCGAGUCCGAACGUGAACCUCAACACCAAUCUGACCUGGCAGUUCGAGGUCGACGCAAACUUCACAUACGUCGUGAGAUUGCAUUUCUGCGACUUUGAGCUGGAAAUGACAAACCAGAGAGUGUUUGAUAUAUUUCUUAACAACCACACGGCGCAGCAAAGCGCCGAUGUGAUAGGGUGGGCCGGCCGGGGCUCCUCUGGGAGAGGGACUACUGUUUACAAGGACUACGCCAUUUAUUUGAAUGAUCGCAAUAAUGGAGCUGAGCAGAUCUGGGUGGCGUUGCACCCUAGUGAUAAAACGCAACCUGAAUACUAUGAUUCAUUGCUUAAUGGAUUAGAGGUCUUCAAGCUCAAUGAUACAUGUGGGAAUUUCGGAAGCGAAAAGCAGGUGCCCAUAAAACGUUAUUGCUAUAGCGACGAGUUUCUACAGAAGGCAAAAGUUGACGAUGCAGAUUGCAAGCCAAGAGAUCAAGAUGACUGA